AUGUCCCAGCAGGCUUCAACGACCGGUCCGGGGUCAACUACCAAUGCAGCCGGACGCAAGCGCAAGAAGUCUCCCAAGCCGAAAGAGACAAAGCGCGCGCCAGGCGACGCGCCAAAGCGGACCAAGGUGGCUCAGCGCAAGGAGCAAGAGGCGGCCGAGGCCGCGGAGACAGCGGGCAUGGGCGGGUCACAGACGAUGCCACACAAUCAGAUCACCGGCGAUGACGACGAGGUCGUCGCCCCACGCUCGCCCAUUCGCCGCCGUCGCGUCAUCAACACUGAUCCACCAGAAACACCCACUCUGAGUCAUGCCCCCGGCCACCGUGUCACAUCACAGUCCCUGUCCACAGCCUCACAUCCUGGGGAGCCAAAUUCCAACUCGAGUCACUCGGGAACUGCCACGGCCGUGCCAGUGUGGGGCCCGUCGACUCCUCCCAACGUCCGCAGACUCCUCGAGGCACAGAGCGCCCAGAUUCGCGAGCUCAGUCUCUGUAUGCGCGAGACUGGGCUUAUCAUGCGCGAGCUGCUCAAGGUCAAGCUAGGCCAGUCUGCUUCCAUGCCUCCGACGCCGACGCUGGAUGAGGGCGUCACCGGUGCAGCCUGCGAGUCGACUUCUCAGGCUGCUGGCGUACCAAGACCGGGGGAGAAUGGUCUGUCCGCCGGCUCCCUGGGUCUCUUCCACAACAAUACCGAGAACCGUCCUUCGACCAUCCCACCUAACAUCGGCGACCGGGGCAUACUGGGCAUUGGGCAGCCGCCUCCGCGCGCCCCGAUGAAUACGCCCAACAACUCAAUAAGCUACGCCAAUGGUGUCGCGUUCAACAUCGGCUCGAUAACACAGCCUGUCACGGUAGCGCCGUUACCCUUACCCGAGGUCAAGGUGGAGAGCGCGAACCCCUCUCCUGUUCUUCCCAGCUCGGCGCACCAGUCCGAAGGACACCAUCACCCACUCCAUCCGCUCAACUUGACUGGGUCGUCCCACGGCGAUCCGCAUCCGCCGCCCUCGGCACUCACAACCACCCCCAUGUUCCGCGACGCAUCACAGCCGCUCAUGUCCGAUACCGCGAGGAACCCGUCAUUCUCAAUGCCAGGGCGGCAUACAUCUAUCCAGACACCUCAGAUCCCAUCGACUCAGCAGGAGGACCAGAACAUGACACCUGGACCAGCUCCUGGCCCUCCUCAAGGCGUCCACAGCUACAUGCUCCCCAACCAGACCUACCCGUUGCUCCCGCAAAGCUUCAUGCGGCCAGCGUUAACUCCACAGCAGCAACAGCAGAUGGCUGGACUUCACCCCAGCAUACGUAACCCGACUAGCAACCCGGCGAUGGGUCGGCCGCCUCGUCCGUUCAUGAAUAUCAACGCUGGUCUGGGCAUUAUGACGCCUGGUGACGAGGCCGAGCGCAGCACGUCCGACCCACUGGCGCACACUAGCCCACCUCGUAUGAGCCCCAGCGUGCAGCAGUUCGAGAGACUGCAGCGCCAGGCAGUCGGGUAUGGGCGCCAGGCCAGUGGACAGGUAUCCGCUUCGCCAAGCAAUCCCACCACAAACUUCCUACCACAUCAGUUCCCCGGUCCCGGCCCUGCGCCGCUUGCUCAGAACCCGUUCCUCAACCCGAUGGGACUCUCCAUGCCCUCUCCGCAGGCAAACGGGGUCGCGGCGCCUCACCCCGUCGUCGGCGGAUUUGGGGCCGGGCCGCCAGCCUGUGCAGCUCCUGCGAUGCCCAGUGGAGCGGCGACCAACGGCAUAGGAACGCCGAACAUGUACAACAUCUAUGCGGAACCGUCGCCGUUCUCAACGACGUUCGCGGGCGUGUCAGGUGGCAACGAGAUCCCGUCGCCGUUCUCGUUCGCACCGCCGGAGAUGGGCGAGGGUGGCGGCGUAGGCAGACCUCGGUGGGGUGAGGAGGAGGCAGAUGAGGAGUCGCUCCGUGAAGUGACGCCGGGGAAGCGGUUCGAUUCGAAGUAG